CUGCAGUAGUAAGUAGUACCAGUAGGAGAGGAGAGCACACUACUCACUACUCCGCAAUCAAAACAGGGAAGACCAAAUUCAUCCACAUCCACACCGCACAGAGACUGACUGUGACUCACUCACUCACUGACCAACUGACUCGUCUCUGUCUCUGCUGGAUAUAUAUACACGCACACAUGUAAUCCAGUACUUCUCUUUUCUCUGUCUAUCCUAUCUAGUCUCUACAUCUCUAUCCUUUAUUUAUUUAUUCAUUAAACUAAAUCUCUAUCUGCGAUUGACGACAACGUGGACUGCAAGUGCUGACUGGUCUUCCGCCAUUACAUUAGCUUUUGAAGCUAGGAGACAACACCCAUCUCAGGCUCUCAGCCCUCUCGUACACUCCCACCCUCUCUUCCAAGCAUUUUUCAAGGAUUAGAUUAUUACAUUAUCUGUCUCUCACUGUAUCGCUUGCUUGUACUCCCAACUCUCAGUCUCUCACUACCAUAUAUAUCUUAACUACAAAUACUUCAGUUCUCAUUUUCUCUUGGUAUUCUAGUACUCAUUCAUUCCCAUUCUCCAUUCAUAUUUCACAAUCUCCAUUAUAAUGCAAACCCGUCUUACCUCUCUUUCUGUACUUUGAACUUUUAAGGCUCUUAGAAGAACACCCAUCAACCCAAUAGACACAGAAAGAGAAAUAGAAAGUAAACAAGAGAUGCAUCGGUGCAGCAGCCCUCACUGCAAUUCAGUUGGACCGUGCUCGUGUGGUGUGUUCCACCCUCAAGGUAGCUCCUUCUCUAUGUUAUUCUCCAUGGCAAACCACAAGCCAAUCGAUGAAAUCGACGCCUACUCCAUCACAUCGUCUUCAGCUUCUGUGGACUGCACUCUCUCGUUAGGAACACCAUCCACCCGCCAAACGGAGGACAAAUCGAUUGGCCACCACCGGCGGUCUGGCUCGUGUAUGUCUAAUCUAUGCUGGGACAUAUUUCAGACCAAGCAGCCGCCUCCAUCAGCGAUGACCCAUAAGAGCAGCCGAGGAGGAAGUAGCCACAGUGGCGGUAUACUCAACAAUUUGAAUGGGGAUCCUCUCCUAGCUCGAAGGUGCGCCAACUGCGACACGACAUCUACACCACUUUGGAGAAACGGACCCAGAGGCCCCAAGUCGCUUUGCAAUGCGUGCGGAAUCCGUUACAAGAAGGAAGAGAGGAGAGCAACAACCACCACCAAUAGCGCUGCUGCCGCUUCUUCUUCAAUGGUGAUGGACCCACAACACCUAAUGAACCACCAUCAUCAUUCAUGGGCUCACCACGCGCAGACCCAGAAGGUAGCAUCCAUAUCUCCGGCACUCGGCAACGAAUUCAGGUUUAUCGAAGACGAUGACAGGGAUUCCAAUACCGGCAUUCCUUUCCUUUCUUGGCGUCUAAAUGUCCCAGAUAGGCCCAGCCUCGUUCAUGACUACACAUGAUGAAGAUGAUGAUGAUGCCGACGAAGGUCAUCGUAUAUUCGUUGAUUCUGUUGUUUUAUUUUCUCCAUCUUUAUAAUAUAUAGAUGGAGUGAAAUAGCGAUAAAUCUAUGAUGUUGGUUAACUUUUAUGAGUUUCUCUUUUUAAACUUUGGUGUCCAAAAAACCUCUGUUUUUUGUUCUUCAUUUAGAUAUCAGCCAACAAUCUGUCCUUUCUAGUUUACAUAGAGAGUAGUAAGACAUGAGAGAACUUAAUUAC